UUAUGCAUUGUUAUGAUGAACGAAGAAUGGCGGACGUUGUCAUAGUGCGAUACUUGUUCAUAUUUUUACUUUUAAAUGUUUGUCAUGCUGGAAUCCCAGGCCUGGACAACCUGGAGCAAGAUGGAGCAACAAUCGUACAAUCUGACAACCAUCUUAAAGAUGACUUGCUAUCCAUUGACAAAAAGAUGAUGGUUCAUCAACCAAGGUAUAAAUGCCAUCAAUGUGAAUCACCAGAUUGUUAUGAUGGAGAUGGUGAUCAAGGUGAUGAGAUACAAGUGUGUGAAGAGGCAUUAUAUUGCUUCAAGUCAACAGUUCGAGCGUCAGAUGGAGCCCUACGACACUCCCGAGGAUGCUCGUCUAAACGCGACCACUAUCAGUUCACGUGUAGGACCACACAGACCUCACAGAGGCCCCGUAAGCGGCAUGCAGGCCAGCUGAACAUCACAUGCUGCCAGGGCGACCUCUGCAACGCAGGCCACUUUCCAUCACUAACCCCCGAGCCUGCCGUGGCGCCCCUCACUACCGGCGUGUGGAAGCUAUGGCUCAGUAUCACGCUGGCUGCAGUACUGGUAGCUGCAGGGGCGGGUGCAGCAGUACUGGCGUUGAGGCGCAGCCAUAGGCUUAGAGUUUCAAGAGCAGCUCAAAAACUAGGAGUGGAUUCAAAUUAUUUCACGUCCAACAUGUACAGUCCUCCGGUCACCAGCACCUACUAUGAAGGUGUAGAAGGCUCACAGAACGGCCCAAGUCUGCAUGCAGUGGCCGCUGGUGACUCAACGCUCAGAGAAUAUCUUGAAUGUUCUGUGACCAGCGGGUCAGGGUCCGGCCUACCACUGAUGGUUCAGCGGACCUUGGCUAAGCAAGUGUCAUUGAUUGAAAGAAUUGGGAAGGGUCGUUACGGUGAAGUCUGGCGUGGUUCGUGGUAUGCGGACAGUGUAGCUGUGAAGAUAUUCUUCUCAAGAGACGAGGCUAGUUGGAGACGGGAGACGGAGAUAUACAGCACAGUUUUGCUGAGGCAUGACAACAUCCUCGCUUAUAUUGGCAGCGACAUGACAAGUAGGAACAGUUGUACACAGCUAUGGCUAAUCACACACUUCCACCCCCUGGGUUCUUUAUAUGAACAUCUCAGCAGGACGACACUGACGAGGCACCAGAUGAUGCUGAUUUGUUUGUCUAUAGUCAACGGACUGCUGCAUCUACACACGGACAUACAUGGGACACAGGGUAAGCCGGCAAUAGCUCACCGGGACAUAAAGUCGAAGAACAUCCUUGUGAAAGUGAACGGCGAGUGCUGCAUCGCGGACCUGGGGCUGGCGGUGACGCGGCGCCACGUGGCGGCCGGCGCGCUGCGGGACGCGCGCCAGGGGACCAAGCGGUACAUGAGCCCCGAGGUGCUGGACCAGAGCAUGAACCUACAAUGUUUCGAGUCGUACCGUCGCUGCGACAUCUACGCCUUGGCAUUGGUCUUCUGGGAGACGUGUCGCCGUGUCAGACCGGCGCGAGAGCAUCGCCCACCAUUCUCGGAGCUGGCACCUGCCGACCCAAGCUUCGACGACAUGCGGAAGAUUGUCUGCAUUGACAAUGCAAGACCCGAGCCGCCACUAGACCCAACGGAUCCGCAUCCGACAAUGGUUGGCAUGGCGAACUUAAUGCGAGAGUGCUGGCAUCAGAACCCAUCAGUGCGGUUACCGGCUCUUAGAAUAAAGAAGACACUUCUCAAACUAGCUGCCAACGAUAACUCAAUCAGGCUCAGUGAAGACAAUGAAGUUUAUGUGUAAAUAAAUGUUAAUGAAAUAUGGAGCAGCCUGACUGGGCAA